AUGGAAGAAUCAAUUCUGAACUCGGUUCCGCUGACAUUGCGGGAAGCGGCCUCUGAAAACUAUAGAUGCGGAAGUGCAGACGCAAUAUCACUUACAUUCCUUCUCGUUUGGUUUCUGGGCGACUUGACAAACCUGAUUGGCGCACUAUGGGCUCGCUUGGUCCCAGUCAUCAUCGCCAUCGCCGUCUACUUCUGUAUCGCGGAUGGCGUCCUUAUCAGCCAAUGCCUCUAUUACAACGUCCAAAACGCCCGCAGAGCGGCUAAACAUCGCCGUCGCUCGUCGAGUACGGUUUCUGAUACCCCGGAUCCGACGACGCCGCUGCUCAGUCGGCGGAUGAGCGAAAACAUGGGCAUUCCCGGCUCACGCCGAAGAUCCUCGGCUUCCUUAAGACGCAUGAGCAGCCACCGGUCUGCCGUUCAGCGAGGAGAUUCUCUUGCAAAAAUUCUAGAGGAGACGGAGCCGAAGAAUAUUUGGUUAAAGAAUACACUUAGCGUCUUUGGGAUUUGCGCAGCUGGUGCUGCUGGUUGGGUCAUUGCAUGGCAAACAGGAGUGUGGAGACCUGUUGCCGUAACCGGGCCCGAAGAUGCUCAAGAAGUUGCGCUCGGAGCAACGAUUCUAGGGUAUAUCAGUGCGAUUUGUUACUUGGGGUUAGAUCUUAUUUCAUUCGACUGA